AUACAAUAUAUGUUUUGUGAAGACAUGUAGUCUAUCGUCAUCGCCUAAUAAUUAGUGAUUUGUUUAUACCUGCUUGGUUACGGGUACAUGUCUAACGAUGUCUGAUGAAGAAGUAAUACGUCGGCGCUUGCUCAUAGAUGGUGAUGGAACAGGAGAUGAUCGUAGAAUCAACAUGCUGUUAAAGUCAUUUAUAAAAUGGAUCAAUAGUUCUGAUGUAGACAAUACGUUGCAUGAAAGAAUGCUGUCUCAAUUGGCACAAUGUGAAUUUGCACAGAAAAAAUCCAGAUUAGUUUCAAACAUGAGCCGAGAAGAAUUAAAAAGUUAUGAACAAUUGUCAAAGGAAAUUGAAGUACAAAUAGAGAAAGCUAAAGAAGACAUAGAAAAAACUAAGAUAGAAUUGCAGGAUGCCAAACGUGUUAGAAAAAAUAGAAUAGAAUAUGAUGUGUUAGCCAAAGUCAUCAAUGAACAACCAGAUCGGUUAGAAACACACAUCAAGCUUGAUACAUUGCAACAAGAAUUAGGUGCUUUAAAGGAAAAAUCAGAACAAUUAGAACACAAGCUAGAAAUGCGUCGUAAGCAAUUUCACGUUUUAAUAUCCUCUAUACAUUCAUUACAAGGAAUGUUAGAUGAGUGUGAUGAGGAAGUAAUGGAGGUGAGCUUUGAGAAUACAGAGAAUACUGAUGUCCAAAUGUUACACAAUAAUUCAUAAGUAUUUACCUCCGUCAUUUCGAGCCGCUUAUAAAAAUCAAGGAAUGUAUGGGAACCACAACUGAUAGUAGUUACAACAGGAUGAAAAAGUGGGCCAUCCGAAUGCGCCUGGUAAAAACAUUACAACGUUAUUAUUUAGUCAAAUAUCAAUAUGUAUUUAUUUUUUUAUAUUUGCAACUUUUUAAUUAAUAUAAAUCUAACUUGUAUAAAUAUGUAAUGAAGAAAAAAUAUGAUACAGUAUAAUUAAUAUUAUAUU